CAACAACGGCAUCUGUCCCAACAUCAACAAUAAUCAAGCCAUCUACAACUGUCCUAAUAACUACCACAACUGAGUCUUCAACAACUUCUGUCCCUUCAACAACCACAACAAUUAAACCUAUAAGUACCACAAAUGAGGCUUUACGUACCACAGCUGAAGCUUCAACAACUUUUAUCCCUACAAUGGAAACAGAUGAAGCUUCAACAACUUCUGUCCCUAUAACUACCACAGAAACUGUAUCUACUACUACCAUAACUGCAACUAAUUCAACUACAUCUCUCCCUCCAACAACCUCAAUUACAGCUUCAACAACUUCUGUCCCUAUAACUAUCAUAAAUGAGGCUCCAAUGACUUCUGUCCCUUCAACGACCACAACAUUUAUACCUAUAAGUACCACAAAUGAGGCUUCAACAAUGACUUCUGUCCCUACAACUACCAUAAAAAUUAUACCUGUAAGUACUGCCACUGAGGUUUUAACAAUAACUUCUGUCCCCACAAUGACCGCAACUUAUGUCUCAAGUUCUGUUCCUUUAAGUACCACAACCGUGGAUGCAGCUACUAUUACAACAGCUGAAGGUUCAACAACUUCUGUCCCUACAAUUACCACAACAUCUGUACGUAGCACAACUGAGCCUUCAUCAACAGCAUCUGUCCCAACAACAAACACAAUCAAGGUAUCUACAACUUCUGUCCCAAUAACUACCACAACUGAGGUUCCAACGACGUCUGUCCCUUCAACAGUCACAACAGUUAUACCCAUAAGUACAACAAAUAAGGCUUCAACUAUAAUUUCUGUCCCCUCAAUGACCACAGCAUCUGUACGUAGCACAACUGAGCCUUCAUCAACAACAUCUGUCCGAACAACAACAAUCAAGCUAUCUACACCUUCUGUCCCUAUAACAACCACAACUGAUGUCUCCAGUUCGGUUCCUUUAAGCACCACAACCGGAGGUUCAACUUCAGCUUUUACCCCUACAAUUACAGUUCAAGGUCCAACAACUUUUGUCCCCAUAACUACCUCAGACACUGUGCCCAUAACUACCACAGACACAACCACUACUCUCCGUCCAACUACCACAACUACAGCUUCAAAAACCUCUGUCCCUAUAACAACUGCAACUGAGGCUCCAACAACUCCUAUCCCUACAGCUCUCCCAACAAAUAUACCUAUAAGUACCAUAAAUGAGGUUUCAACAAUGACUUCUGCCCCUACAACUACCAUAAAAAAUAUACCUGUAAGAACUACUACUGCGGUUUCAGCAAUAACUUCUGUUCCUACAAUGACCAAAACGUCCAUACCUAUACCUAUCACAGCUACAACCACAAUCAAGCUAUCUACAACUUCUGUCCCUAUAACUCCCACAUCAACCACAACCACAACUAAACGAUCUACAACUUCUGUUCCUCUUACUACCACAAAUGAGACAUCUACACAAACUUUGCCCCCUACCACUACAACAACAGAUGCUUCGACAGCAACAUUGGUACCAGCAACUAUAACUGAGGUUUCAACAACAGCAGCACCUAUAACUGCCACAGCCGAAGCUUCAACUAUGAUUUCACUGUUAACCACUACCACAACUAAGGAUUCUACAACAGACUCUCUUGGUAUAACUGCCUCUUCCAGUACUAGUGCUGUACCAGUAGCUCCCAAUAUAGUCAUCACAUCCCCAUCUGCUACUACCAUAAAUGAGCCUUCAACAACAACUUCAGUUCCAAUAACUACAACUGAGGUUUUAACAAAAACAACAAUUGUACCACAAGAUAUGAUAUCAGCGGCAUCUACAACUAUCACAACAGAGUUACCUUCAGUAACUCCUCUCCCUACAAGUCCAAAGACUGAUGCUUCAACAAGUCCUGUCCUUACAGCUACAGCAACAGAGGCUUUGUUUCAUACAACUAUGAAAACUGAAGUUUCAAGAACAUCAACAACAGUACCAGUAACUACCGCAAGUAAGGCUUCUAUGCCCACUGCUGUCCCUACAGCUACAGCGUCAACAUCAGUCCCUACAACUAUCACAACAGGGCCUUCAACGGCUUCUGCACAUUUAACUGCCAUAACGGAUCCCACAAUAACACCAGCACAUAUAAUUACCAAUACUACUGCUUCUACAUUCUCUCCCAUGCCUAUAACAAUCACAAACAAUUCAUCAACAACUUCUGUCCCAAUAACUACCACAAUGACACAGUCUACAACAAACUCAGUCCCUGUAACUACCACACUGAAGCCAUCCAGAACUUCCGUUCUUUUAACAAGCACAACCGAGGCUUCUACAGCAGCUGUUUCUGCAACUAGCACAACUGAGCCAUCUACAUCAACUUCGCUCCUAACAACUUUGAUAGGUGAGGCAUCAACAACAACACCGAUAACUACCAUAGGCUUAACUACUCAGGCUUCAACAUUGACUUCUCUAACAACAAUAUCCACAACUGAAGUUUCAACAAGAACUGUACCUACAACAACCACAACUUCUACAACCACUUAUAUUCCUACAACUACCACUACACUGUUAGAUAUAACAACUUCUCUUAAAAUCUCAACAACAGAGGCUUCAACAACAACUAAUGUCCCUACAACUAUCAUAACUGAUGAAUCCACUACAAAAAGGGUACCCAUAAGCACCACAAUGGAGGCUUCAGCAACAACUUCUAUCCUAAUAUCUACGACACCUGAGGUCUCAGCUACAACUUUUGUUCCUGCCACAAUAAAAAAUAUAACUGCAGUAUCCACAACAGACAUAGCUACAAGAGGUUCUCUCCUUACUACAGUUAAGGCUCCAACAAUGACUUCUGUCCCUACAACUAACCCAACUGGGGCUUCAACAAAUUCUCUCCAUUCCACAGCUGAAGUAUCAACAACAAGUUCUGGGCCUACAACUACCACAACUAAGGCUUCAAAUUCUCUUCCAAUAAGUUCCACAACAACUAUACCUCCUACUACCACAACACAGUUAACAAAGAUUGAGAUUUUAACAUCUCCUCUUCCUACAAAAACAGUAGCUGGUGAAACAGCAGCUCCAAUUUUGUCCACAUCCACAGUUUUUGCAGCAAACACAGCUGAAGCACCUACAGAUGGUUCUUUUCCUAUAAUGACCUCACCUGGAGCUCCCGCCACAUCUGACAGUCAAUCCAUUGCAUCUACUUUACCCGCAGUUACUGUUCCUGAACCAACAUCUAUUUUAACAAUUCCCAUAGAAGAAGGUCCUACUACAAUAGCCAUUAAUUUAGCGGCAUCUCCUUCUACAACAGCAUUUCCUAUUAGAACUAUUAAAACUACAGUUCCAAUAAUAUCUUUUACAUCUCCAACAACUACAACGUCAGGUCCUACUACAGCAGACUCACUGAUUACCCACUCUACUACUUCAACCAUGUCCCCAUUGACACCUGGUAUCACUGCAGGUGCAACUGGACCUCCAGUAACACCUACAGCUGCUCUAAUCACAGCUGCAGGUCCCACUACAGUUUUCACAAUGGCAGCCUCCUCUACAACUAUCAGAACUACAUCACCUAUAAAGGUCACUACUAAAACUCCCACUACAACAACCACAUUAUCCCCCACUACAACGAGAACCUCAACUCUACAAACAACCACCAGGACAACAAAUCCUCCACCCCCACCUCCACCUCCAGUUCCAAUAUUUUUCAUUCAAGUGACCCUGAUAGCUCCAUUUGUGCCAGCACUGGAAAACAACCAGUCACCAGAAUUUCAAGCUUUAGCAGCAACAGUUGUUGCAGUGUGUGAUGCAAUUUACAGAACACGAUAUGGCCUUCUUUUCAUCAGAACUGUCGUCAUAGCAUUCAGGCCUAUUAGGGUCAGAAUGGAAGGGACAGACGUGGAAGUGGAGCUCAUUUUCAAUGAGACCAGUUCUGAAGCACUACCCAGCAAUAAUGAUGUGGCGGUGACCUUGAAAGAAGAAGUGACCAACCCAAAUUCAACCAUUCUGAAUGGAUUCAAUCUUACUAUAGAUGCUGAUUCCAUAAGGGUUAUGCGUGUGGCCAACGCUUCUACAACACCCACAACAAGACUGACAACAGCAACAGCCACCACCACAGCUACUAUCACUCCAUCCAGCGCCAAACCUGUGACUGAAGCACCCACCUCAGCCAGCACUGCCACCCCAAGUCCAACUGUCCAGAUAGAGUUUACUUCAAGAGAAACAUUUGUGUCUGAUCUCUUAAAUCAAAGUUCAGAAGCUUUUCAAGCCAGAUCAAAACUCACCAAAGAACAGAUUGAACCAGUAUAUACAAGUGCCUUCACGUCCUUCCUUUUUGCGAUAGUAAAAAGUUUCAGGGCAGGAUCAAUCAUCACUCAGGCUGAUCUGGUCUUCAACUCUACAGAGUCAUUGCCCAGUAAUGAACAGAUUGUCAGCACUUUGAGAAAUGCCAUCACCACUUCACAAAUCUCAUUUGACAUCGACCCCAACUCCAUUGUAAUCACAUCUGCAUCCCCCAGUGGAGUCUCCCGUAUGACCAGUGUGCUCACAGCCUCCUCUCUGGCCAUGGUGUCACUGCUGCUCUCCCACUGCUGGUAGACUCACCUGCAGACUACUCGCUGAGAGGCUGCCGAACAUCAC